GAUUAUAAUAAAAGCAACAACGAUACAAUUGAAACGUUUGAAUUUCAGAGAGUAAUAUCGAAAACUGAACCUGGUAAAAUACAUACCCUGCUAAUGACUAGUGAGGUUAGGAUUACGCAAUUUCAGUCAUUAACUCUACAGUGGUUACGAUUUGGCGAAUUUGAUAGAAAUAGACAGAAUCGCGGUUAUAGGCUAUAUGUCGAACAAAUUGAAAUUGCAUACAUGAGCCAUAUUGAUCAAAGUGUUAGAAAUGAUCAUAGUGCCGUAUUUUGUCCAAAAGAUAAUAUUAUGGGACAAUUGUUGCCUAAUAAAAAUGAACUAGAUUAUAUUAGAUGCAAUAAACAAUUGCUUACCUGGGCCCGGGAUCGUCCAUCUAAUAACCUAGUACCAUUAUCGCAUGCCACUGAUCUACAUAAUAUUGGUUUGGUUGAAGGUAAAAACCCGGUUUUCAAUAAAGUACCUGGAUCAUAUUAUUCUGGAUUUACCCUAAUCUAUUAGUAGUUUAUUUGUUUAAUUGAUUAUUAU